GUCCUCCGGAGCUCAUUGGUGCCUUACGCAUGCGCAGUGGGUGAGCAGCCGGCACUGGGCGGGUCUGGCGUUCGAGGCGCGGCCGCUUACGGAGAGGUUCGGCGGAGCGGCCCCUGCCAUCGCAGAUUCUCCCACAACUGAGUUCCUAAAGCACAUUUGUAUAAGUAACAGUUCUCAAGUCAAACUUGAAUUCUAAUCCAGGUCUCUGCCAAUUCCAGUAUGUGACUUUGGGUAUGCAAAGAAGCCUUUUCACACAGAUGUCCUCAGAGAUAAUAUGGAUCAGUCCGGAGUUCUCCUCUGGGUAAAAGCAGAACCCUUUAUAGUGGGCGCAUUGCAGGUCCCCCCUCCGUCCAAGUUCAGUCUUCACUAUCUCAGGAAGAUAUCCAGCUAUGUGCGAACCCGGGCCACUGAGGGCGGCUACCCACGCCUGUCCUGGUCUACAUGGAGGCACAUUGCAUGUGGGAAGCUGCAGCUGGCUAAGGAUCUGGCGUGGCUUUACUUUGAAAUAUUUGAUAGUCUUACAGUGAAGACACCAGAGGAGCGCCUGGAAUGGUCUGAGAUUCUGUCCAACUGCAUGUCUGGGGAUGAAGUUGAAAAGCAAAGAAAUCAGCUUUCAGUGGACACCCUGCAGUUUCUGCUCUUCUUAUAUAUACAGCAGUUAAACAAAGUCUCCCUGAGGACAUCUUUGAUUGGAGAAGAGUGGCCUAGUCCCAGACACAGAUCUCAGUCUCCUGACCUGACUGAAAAAUCCAGUUGUCAUAAUAAGAACUGGAAUGAUUACAGUCACCAAGCUUUUGUCUGUGAUCAUCUGUCAGAUCUCCUUGAGCUGCUUUUAGAUCCAGAACAACUCACUGCAUCAUUUCAUUCGACCCACAGUAGUCUAGUCUCGCGAGAAGCUGUUGUGGCUCUCAGCUUUCUUAUUGAAGGUACUGUGAGUGGAGCCAGGAAGAUCUAUCCACUUUACGAACUUGCACUGUGGCAACCACUGCAUGCAGAAACUGGCUUCUCAAAGACGUCUAAGGCCUUUUCUUUCUACAAGCUGGAAGCCUGGUUGAGAGCCUCUUUGACUGGGAAUCCAUUUGGUACAUCGGCUUGCCUCAAGUCAGGGAAGAAAUUGGCUUGGGCUCACCAAGUUGAAGGCACGACCAAAAGAGCUAAGAUUGCUUGUAACACUCACGUGGCGCCUAGGAUGUACCGCAUGGUGGUGAUGAGCCAGGUUUACAAGCAGACAUUGGCCAAGAGCUCAGAUACUCUGGUGGGGGCACAUGUGAAGAUCCACCGUUGCAAUGAGUCUUUCAUAUACCUGCUCUCUCCCCUACGAUCUGUGACAGUUGAGAAGUGCAGGAAUAGCACCUUUGUCCUGGGCCCAGUACAGACUGCCCUUCACCUCCACAGCUGUGACAACGUUAAAGUCAUUGCCGUUUGCCAUCGUCUGUCCAUCUCUUCUACGACAGAUUGCAUCUUUCACAUUCUGACACCUACGCGCCCACUUAUUCUCUCUGGGAACCAGAGAGUAACUUUUGCCCCUUUUCAUACUCAUUACCCAAUGCUGGAGGACCACAUGGCCAGGACCGGCCUUGCAGCAGUGCCUAACUAUUGGGAUAACCCCAUGAUUGUGUGCCGGGAGAACAGCAACACAAGUGUCUUCAGACUCUUGCCACCGUGUGACUUCUAUGUAUUUAUUAUUCCCUUUGAAAUGGAAGGGGACACAACAGAGAUACCUGGGGGUCUUCCAUCUGCAUAUCAGAGAGCACUGGGCCAAAGAGAAAAGAAGAUACAGAUCUGGCAGAAAACUGUGAAAGAGGCUCGUUUGACAAAGGAUCAAAGGAAGCAGUUCCAGGUACUUGUGGAAAACAAGUUCUAUGAGUGGUUGAUUAAUACAGGACAUCGUCAGCAGUUGGACAGCCUUGUGCCUCCUACAGUGGGCUCCAAACAAGCAGCAGGAUAAAACUUCCUCAUCAAAAUGCUGUCUAGACAUUCAUCUCCACAUAACCACGCCCACAGCAUGGGGAAGUUCCUGGGCCAGGAGAAGAACCCACGCCACAGCAGCAACCCAAGCCACUGCAGUGACAACACUGGAUCUUUAACCCACUGCACCACAAGAGGAUUCCAAAUUUUUUGUUUAUUUUUUUCCCUUUUGGCCAUGCCAGCAGCAUGUGGAAGUUCAAAUCUGAGCUACAGCAGUAAGAAUGCUGGGUCCUUAACUUGCUAAGCCACCAGGGAACUCUUGGACAUUUCAUAUAAAGGGCAUCGGACAACCUGUGGCCUUUGCGUCUGCCCUCUUUCACUGAGCAUAAUGUUUUCAGGGUCCAUCUGCGUUGUAGCGUGUGUCAGUAGGUCAUUCCUUCUUAUGGCUGAAUACUAAUGUCAUUGUAUGGAGAGACACACUUUGUUUAUUUGUUCAUCAGUUGAUGGACAUUUGAGUGGCUUUCACUUUUCAGCUGUUGUGAAUAAUGCUGCUGUGUGUACUUGCGUGUACAAGUUUUGUGUGGAGAUGCUUUUAUUUCUCCUGGGCACACUAUACAGCGGCGUAGAAUUGCAAGGUCAUACGUUUCACUUUUUGCAGAACCACUGAACUAUUUUCCAAAGCUGCGUAAGUGUAUUCUUUGUCGUUUACUUUUAAUAAUUAUUUACAUUUUCAAAGUGUGUAUUACUUUUCAUAAAAAAGAAUUUUGCAAUAUGUAGCUAAUAAAUACUGAGACAAAGAAUUGGAAAUUUGAUGAAGAUUAUCCAAAGGAAAUGGGAACUUUUAUAAAAGGAUAAAAAUUUUAGUUUAGAUUAAUCCCCGUAGCCUGCUACUUUAUGUCGAUGUUUGAAUUUCUUUUCUUCUAUUAUGAACUAAUGUGACCCUCAGAGAAAGGAAUGUAAUUAACUUUUAAUUUCACAUAUUUAAUCACCCUAAAUUAUCAUCUGAUCUUGAUGUAUGUGAAUUUAUGAAAAGGAUUUUUUCCCUGCUUCUGCAUGAAGGCAAUAGAAAAUAAAGUUAUUAGGAGUUCCCAUCGUGGCGCAGUGGUUAACGAAUCCGACUAGGAACCAUGAGGUUGCGGGUUCGGUCCCUGCCCUUUCUCAGUGGGUUAACGAUCCGGCGUUGCCGUGACCUGUGGUGUAGGUUGCAGAUGCGGCUCGGAUCCCGCAUUGCUGUGGCUCUGGUGUAGGCCAGGGGCUACAGCUCCAAUUCGACCCCUUGCCUGGGAACUUCCAUAUGCCGCGGGAGCGGCCCAAAGAAAUAGC